AUGGCUCGCUCCAAGAAGGAGGACGUAGCGUGGGAAAAGCAUCGCUCCGAGCUUAAAGCUUUAUACGAACGUCUCACUGUUGACCAAAUUCGAGAAUACAUGUUCGAGCAAUACAGUUUUUCUAAAAGCAACGAACAGUAUACCAGGCAGUUCACUAAGUGGUCUUUCAAGAAGAAUCUCACUAGCGAAGAUUGGAAAUUUAUUGCACACCGUCGCGAGAAACGUAAACGCGAGGGAAAGGAUCCCGGUCCGGUGCGGAAAGAUGGCAACAUGAUACCUGAGCCCAAGGUCAGAAAGGCAAUAGCUCGUCAUGUUCUGCCAACAGCGCAAUAUCUAGAGACGGUUAACGGUGAUAUCGGACCGCCUACUCCAGAGGGAAUCGUUGUCGGGACUCCAAAACCAGAUGUGCAAGGUACAGAUUCAUCUUCUCUUCGGUGGGAUUGGUUUCCUAAUCCUCUAGAAUCACUCGUCGGUCCAGAUGUCGGUAGGCCUAGCUUCGAAGCAGCCACUGACAAUAUUAACUUUGCAUCACCAAUCGACGUCUCAGAAUUAUUUACUUUCCCAACACACCAAACCUUUGAUCAAGCAGGUCUGGAUAUUGUGACAGACACAGACAUUGGCCCUGCUUCGACUACGACGCAUGUUCCUCCAGGUGCAUUCGGUUAUUGUGACUUUGAAAAUCUCAACAAAGAGAUUAUGGAAGGGACGGGAGAACUAUUUUCUUUUUCUAAGCCGGUUCGAAACCUUAGCGACCUGAGUGAAUCUCUCGAGCCUAUUACUAUGGAAUAUGUCCAUAGUGAUCUCAUCAGAAAGGCGAAGAAUAUAUUUCAAUCCGAUCGCUCGAACAAUGUCACGCACUACUUGAGUCUCUGUGUUUACUUGUCGUCAAACAAUCUAUUGUCACCUCUCGCAAUGAAUAAAUUGGUGGCUUUACUGGCAAAAAUCAAGUUUCAGGCCAUAUUAGGAGACUUUUUGCAAUCAGCAAAUACGACCAAUGAAAUAUUCAUGAGCAAUUGUCUGGCCAGCGCCGCCGAGCUAGGCGAAAUAGAGAUCGUUCGAACACUGAUCAAUUAUGGGGUGGAUGUGGAUGCUACGCGAGGAAAUCUUGUGCGACGGACACCACUUUCUUUAGCGAUUAUACAUGGAAAUAUAGAAUGCGUCAGGCUCUUGAUAGAGAACGGUUCCGAUCUCAAUCCAGUCACAGCCGACGAGACGCCACUUCAGCUUGCAUGCAACACUUACAAAUGCUCAAUCGAAAUAGUGCAGCUCUUACUUGAGUCCGGAGCUCAUGUCAACCCUCCGCAGGACUCUUCUCGGCUCACAGCGCUUCAACUAGCUGUGAGUCAAUCCAGAAAGGAUAUAGUGAGUCUACUUCUUGAAUGGAAGGCAGACCCUAACACCUUUACGACUUCUGAAAGUGGUACUGCCUUACAAAUUGCUUGCAGACGUUACUCAGGCGCGGAAAUUCCAGAGCUUCUGAUAGACAAGGGUGCGGGUAUCGAUACACAUGCAGUCAGACAUCGCAAUGACGAUAAAUCCGGCCUUACUGGAUCAGAAUCAGAGUCCGACGUAGAUUCUAAUGAUGAAAAUACUCUUUUUAGAUUCAAGUCACCUAUUCUGAUAGCUGCUGAUCAUGAGAAUUGGGAGACAGUCCAAGUCUUACUUGAGGAAGGGGCUGAUGUCAAUCUGAGUAUGAGUGCAUUUCCACUUAAAGCUUUGAAAAUGGAAUUUGAGGAGGCUGACUGGGACGAAAUGGUUGUCUUGACCCCCUUACAAGCCGCCGUUCGGGCAGAGAAUAUUACCAUGACACGAAUGCUCCUUAGUGCCGGGGCGCAUGUCGAUGCGAGGCCCAAGGGCAAGUGUGGCCACACGGCCCUCCAAAUUGCUGCUAUGGUCGGCAACCUGCGGCUUGUUCGAAUCCUUCUCCUAAAGAAUGCCGACAUUGAUGCGGGCGCGAGUGUUCUUUCAGGGGGCCUUACGGCGCUUCAAGCAGCUGCGCGCCAUUCAGAUACAGAGCUGUUGAGCUUUCUGAUAGAUGAAGGAGCUGACGUUAACGCCCCUGUAUCCUCCGACAACGACAAGUCUGCACUUCGGGUUGCAAUAGCGAAAGGAAAUAUUGAAGCAGUCAGAAUUUUACUUGAUGCAGGUGCAUCCGUUAACGUAAAUGCGAAUUGCAAGGAGGGGCUUUUGGCGAUCCAGGAAAGCAUUCGAAUUUGCAACCUGAAGGUGAGAAACGAAAUGGUAUCUUUAAUUUUGCGUGCUGGUGCCCCAUUUGUACCCCCUGCAGGUCUCGAGCAUUUUGGAGCUCUUCAUGCUGCAGUGUACAUGGAAGAUUUUGACAUGACCGAAAGAUUCUUGAAAAGAGGCGCGAAACCGAAUAUCGGCUACAGUAGAAUCUCCCCCAACUAUACCCCUCUUCAAAGGGCCUCAUCUGAGGGAAACGAACGGUUAGUGAAGCUUUUAAUCAGUAAUGGAGCAGACGUCAAUGCACCACCAAGUUCUUCAUAUGGUAGAACUGCUCUGCAGGCAGCCACUGAAUGUGGCCACUCAAAGAUGGUGAAAUUUCUACUGGACUCUGGUGCCGAUGUCAGAGCACGCGGGGAUUACAGAAAUGGAACGACAGCAAUAGGAGGUGCUAUCGAAAAAUGCAAUCAAGAAAUGGUUCAGAUGCUUCUUGAUAUUCAUCCGGAUCUGAUUACUUCAGAUCCAAAUAUGAGGCGCGGGGCUCUCCACCGAGCCCUACGAUCUUGGAAAUGCAACGCAUCGUUUGUCAGGUUCCUAAUUGAACAUGGUGCUGAGGUGAACGACUCACCAGGGCUGGAAUCAUCUCUUCAGAUAGCAGCCAAGAUGGGGGACUUUGAAAUGGUACAAUGCUUACUUAAUGCUGGCGCAGAUGUGAAUCAUCGUUGGGUAUCUGAAUGGAAAGCUACGAAAGUCACUGCUUUGCAAACCGCUGUUGACUCUCGAAAUAUCGAUAUUGCUCGAUUGCUGUUAGAACGAGGAGCCGAUGCCAGUGCUCCAGCAAAUUCCGUUGCUGGAGGAAAGACGGCACUUCAGAUAGCAGUGUCAAUGAACUACUUUGAGAUGGUGACCCUAUUGAUGGAAUAUAAAGCGGAUAUAAACGGCUUACCUAGUCCACGAGGAGGUCGAACAGCCCUUCAACAAGCAGCGAGCUCGGGUUAUCUCAAAUUGACCCAAUACCUUCUUCAGCAUAAUGCAGACGUCAAUGCCCCAGCUGCUCAAUUCAACGGCGUAACUGCAUUACAAGGUGCUUCCAUCAGCGGCAACAUUCGAAUUGUUAUGAUGUUGCUUGCUGCCAGAGCUGACAUCAACGCACCUCCUGCUUUAGAGAAUGGACGGACUGCUAUAGAAGGAGCUGCCGAAAAUGGCAGAUUAGAUACAUUGCAUCUUCUUUUGAACUUCCACCCCUAUACUGAAGAUUUUGAGAUCAAGAAAAAGAGAGUGGUGAAGCUCGCGCUCGCAAACGGCCAUCUGGCAAUUGGAAGGUUCUUGAUGGCAUACCGGAAAAAUUUUCGAAGUGAUGACUUUUCCACACGCGAUAGAUUGAUCUAA